GGCCAUUCAUGAAGAGAGGAAAGGGGUGAAAGGAGGAGUGAAAGCUCACCAUAUGUAGAAACGCUCCAGUCUGGAGAAAACUACAGCAGUGUUUCGGGAAUCCGGAAACUAAAGGUUUUUCGAGACAGGGGAGUAGCGUUCACUGGCAGAGAAGAGAAUCAAGAGCUUUCGGGGGCUUUUUGGAUAGCUUUUCGUUGGGGAGUCGAGCCAGGCAGGAUAGAGGGAUUUGUAGCGAGAAACUAUGCUGGAAGGCAAGGCUGUGAUUGGAAGCACCGAUAUGCCCGAGAAGAUGCAAGCGCGGGCGAUGGAGUGGGCGUCCGAGGCCCUUGAUUUGUACGAGGUGGACGAUUGCAAGGAGAUUGCGCGGCACAUCAAAAAGGGGUUUGACGGGCUCUAUGGACCCGGAUGGCAGUGCAUCGUGGGAACGAGCUUCGGGUCUUUCAUCACGCAUUCGUGCGGUACCUUCAUUCACUUUUACUUGGAGAGAAUGGCAUUCUUGCUCUUCAAAGGCUAACAAAAAGAGAAAAGUCAGAAAUUUGUCUGAGCCCGGGUUCGAACCGGGGGCCUCUAGUGUGUGAGACUAGCGUGAUGACCAACUACACCACCCAGACUUAGGCGCUAAAUAGUUUUAACCUUUAAGCUUGAUAUUAUAAACCAUAGAACAUUCUUGAAUUAAAAAAUCGUUUUUGUCUUGAC